AGAUAUUGGAAGCCAUUUGUGCUCCCUCUGCUGAAAGUCUUGCCUAAUCUGUAGCUACAGGAAUGGGACUAUGACUGGAAAGGUGUUUGGAGAAAAAAUGAAAAGCCAAUCUUUAUCAAGUGAGGGAACUGGAAAAGGCCUUUCUGGUGUUCAGCCUUGGAGCUGUGGGGAGAUCUGGGCAAGAACUGGGCAGAAGAUUCUGGAGCAGAAAACCACCCUUUCAGACAUUCAGCCCCGGAACUUUAGAAGCUUCCAACACCAGGAGGAUGAAGGACCCCGAGGACUUUGCAGUCAACUUCAUUACUUUUGUAGUCGAUGGUUGAGAUCAGAAAAGUACACAAAAGCGCAGGUGCUGGACCUGGUUGUUUUGGAACAGUUCCUGGCGCUUCUGCCCCUGCAGAUGGAGAGCUGGGUGCGGGAGUGUGGAGCAGAGACCAGCUCCCAGGCGGUAGCCCUGGUGGAAGGCUUCCUCCUGAGCCAGGCGGAGGAGAAGAAGGAGUGGACUGAGUGGCAGUCCUUCACGAUGGAGAUCAGAGAUCCUAAGAGACAGAGGCAUCCAUCAAGUUCAUCUCUGGAAAUGUUUUUCAGGAGGAUCUCUCAGGAUGAUCCAAAUCAAGACACGACCAGAGGGAAGAAUAAAAGGAAGUUGAGCCUUCUUGAUGGUGGAGCUGAAUCAGGGGUUGAAACUCCAA